GUGUUCUGCAUAGCAACAUUCUAAAAACACAUUUGGCAAUAAAUGGAAUUACAAAAAUAGGCAAAGGUUGCUAAGAUGUUGCUAUGCAGAUUCUAAGGUGUUUUGAGCAGUUACUAUGUAGCUGUUAAGACACUAGAAACCUCAUAGGAGCAUGCUAAAAACUGCUCAGAACCCCUUAGCAACUAUAUAGCAACACCCUAGCAACCGCACAGUAACAUUCUAAAAAAGUAGAACCCCUUUGCAGCUGCAUAGCAACACUGUAGCAACCUAAUAGUGACAUUCUAAAUAAAUUUUAAACCCCUUAGCAGCUACACAGCAACACCCUAGUAACCACAUAGUAACAUUCUAUAAAGCACUCAAAAUCCCUCCCAAGUAAAAUAAGUAAAAUCCCAAGCUCAGUCACAUUCUAAAAAAAUUGAAGAACCCCUUUGCAGCUGCACACCAACAUUCUAAAAACUACUCAGAACUCCUAAGCAGUUGCAUAGCAACACCUUAGCAACCUCAAAGUAACAAUCUGAAAAAAUAAACAUUUAGAACCCCUUUGCAACUGCACAGCAACAUUCUAAAAACUACUCAGAACCCCCUAGUAACUGCAUAGUAACAUUCUAUAAAGUGCUUACAACCCCUAAGCAGCUGCAUAGCAACCUCAUAGCAACAAUCUAAAAAAAAAACAAUUUAGAACCCCUUUGCAGCUACACAGCAACAUUCUAUAAACCACUUACAACCCCUAAGCAGCUGCAUAGUAACACCCAAGCAACCACUUAAUAGCAUGCUAAAAAAAGCACUCAGCAUCAAAUGGAACUACAAAAAUGGUUGACGGUAUAAAGGUUGUUAGGUGUUGCAAUGCAGCUGCUAAGGAGGUCUAAAAGUUUUUUUAGAAUGUUACUAUGGGGUUUCUUUCUUUUGUUCCCUCAGAACACCCUAGCAUCCGUGUAGCAACAUGCUAGAAACCACUCAGCAUCAAACAGAAUUUUAAAAGUAAUGAAAUUCCACAGAAAUGACAAACUUUUCACCUUUAACUAAAGGUAAAACAUCAACAUUAAGCCAUCAGCUGACUUCACAAAUGUUCUUCUGGACAUAUCAGACAGCAAUUUAAUGAGCCGCAACACCAGUGGUGUUAAACAUUGACAGCAGUCCAGAGCUGUUGUGUGUUUGGCUGUAUCUGGCUGUUCAGUAACCCCUCCAGCUACAUUUCCUCACUUAACAGGAUCUCUGCCAGAAAAUGGUGCCUGCUGAGCAAACAUCAACAUGGCUACGAGCUCCUCCUCCUCCUCCCCCAGUGACACAAAACCAGACACAAACACUCGCAGGGGGGAUUUGAUUUCAUAGCAACCAGCUCCGGCGUUCCCUCCCUCCCCUGAGCGAGAGGGCGGAGGCUGGGAACAGGUGAACACCUAUCAGCUCCCAUUCCAGCGGGAUGCAAAACCUCACAGUCAAAACCAUUCUUCACUCUUCAGGCUCCUGGAAUCAUGGCGAACAGCGCCCUGGAGAUCGUGGGAAUGUGCGUGAGCCUGAUCGGCCUCAUCGGGGUGGCGGCCAGCACCGGGAUGCCAAUGUGGCGGGUGACGGCCUUCAUCGGGGAGAACAUCAUCGUGAUGGAGACCCGGUAUGAGGGCUUGUGGAUGAACUGCUUCCGGCAGGCCAACAUUCGGAUGCAGUGUAAGGUGUACGACUCUUUGCUGGCGCUGUCUCCGGACCUCCAGGCCGCUCGGGGGCUCAUGUGCUGCUCCGUGGCAUUGACCGGGCUGGGUUUACUAAUCUCCAUUGCCGGGAUGAGGUGCACGGCAUGCAUCCAAGGGAACGACCGUGCCAAGCGGAUGGUUCUGAUCAUCGCUGGCUGCAUGAUCCUAGCGGGCUGCUUCUGCUGCCUCAUCCCUGUCUCCUGGACCGGACAUGCCAUCAUCCAGGACUUCUACAACCCCUUGCUCAUCGACGCCCAGCGUAGGGAACUAGGAGAAGCGUUGUACAUCGGUUGGGUGUCUUCCGCCUUCUUAUUCGCCGGUGGGUGCAUAUUCACCUGCUGCAGCGGCCCCCUGGACAAGGGCCCGGAUCCGAGGUACAUGUACAACAGGAACGCGCCAUUUGUGGCCUAUCAGCCGCAACCCGUGGCCUACCACCCUCAGCCGCGCUCGGUGUACAGUCACCCGUCCGGGCCACCUUCGUUCAUUGAGCAGUCAUACCAACCGUCCAGACAGCAGUCAUUCAUUCAGCCUUCCAGACAGCAGUCGUUCAUACAACCGUCCCGACAUCCGUCCGCCCGCAGUGCCGUGGCUUAUCUCUGAAAUCCAGCUGGACGUUUCACAGGCUUGAGUGUUUGUGUUUGUGUGUGUGUUAGAGAGAGAUGGAAAGGACGACCAAAGUUUUAAAAACAAAAUAUUUGGAUUUUUUAUAUAUACAUAAGUUAGUUGUAUACAGUAUUUCAUUUUUUUCCUUGUUUCAUACUUGGGAAUGUUUUUGGCUACAUUUAGAUGUUAUUUCUACUCAUAUCUCUGCAGGAGCAGAUGACAGAUGGAAAGGACUUCUAACCAAAGCUGUUUUUUAUUUUUUUAUUACACAAGGUAAAAAAUACUAUUUGGAAAUAUUUAAACAGUUUUAAAUGUAACAAACUUGGGCCUACAUUUAUUUUUUUCCAGUUUCAUCCUUAGGAAUGUUUUUGAAUACUUUGGCUUUUUAAAUGUCUAAGUAGGUGCAAAUGAGAUGGAAAGGAUGGACUUCUAACUAGAGGUGUUACGAAAAUAAAAUUUGAAGGGAAAAAAAAUGUUGUAAAUGUAACAAAUUUAGUCCUACAUUUAAUAUUUUCCUUUUAAUUUCUUGAGAAUGUUUUUGACAGAAUUUAAAUAUAGUUUCAAUGGCAUUUUUUAAAUAUGCAAGUAAGAGAACUGACUGAGAUGAAGAAUUGUUUAAAAAAAAAUGGUUUUGUUUUAUAUGAUUCAUUGUAAAGUACAGAUCAUACCUCAGGAUGUUGUAAAGAAUGUUAUUUGAGGUAUUUUUGUAUUAUCUGAAAGCUGUCUAAAAUAGAAACAAGGAAAUACGUUUAAUAUUCAGAUAUUAUGUUUUUUAUGUAAAUAUCAAAGCACAAUGCAAUGAUUUAACUCAAUAAA